AUGAUGUUUGUGUCUUGGUCAGACCAGAACAACAUCCUCAUCUACAGGACAUUUGAAGACUUUAAGAGAUUCCAUAAAGAGCUGAAGAGAAAAUUCCCUAUUGAGAGUGGCUCCCUCAGAAGAUCAGGCAGGACAAUCCCCAGGUUUAAGGCACUGCAGCAGAGGAAGGUUGGCAAGCUGAACAAGUACCUGGAGAUCCUGAAACUGCUGGAAACCUACUCCCAGGAGCUGCUGAAGUUGGAUGCAAAAAUCUCCCAGGGUGAAGAUGUGAAUCAGUUUUUCAAGGCACAGACACAAGACCUUGAUCCUUCCUUCCCUGAAAACAGUGUUGUGAUCAUGCCAUCAGUGUUCAAAGAGGAGCAAAAGCCCCAGGAGCAGCUCUCCUCCAUCACACUUCCCCAGGCCUCCCAGAGCUAUCGCUGCAUCGAAACCUUCCAGACCAAGGACACAAAGAACAAGACCUUCACAGUCACCCAGAAGGAAAUUGUUGAAGUGUUGAUCAAGGAUAUGACUGGAUGGUGGCUGGUGGAAAAUGCAGACAACCAGAUAGCCUGGUUCCCAGCCUCCUACCUGGAGGAGCUUGAUGUCCACAGGGACAUCCAGAAUGCUUUCAGCUCAAAUGAGGAGGGCAGCCUGUACUUUGUCAUGAGAGCCUAUGAGGCUCAGAAGGCAGAUGAGCUCUCCCUGAACCACGGGGUGGUUGUAGAAGUAGUCAGGAGAUCUGAUGAUGGCUGGUGGCUGAUCCGGUACAAUGGCCACACUGGUUACCUGCCCUCCAUGUGCCUCCGACCCUACAGGAACCCUCACCACAAGCUCCAGACCAUCAUCAGCUGUGGCCUCAACACCUCCACCACCAACCUCAGUUGCUCCUUGACACCUCCCCAGGCACGGGGGAAGGCCCUGGGGCAGUCCAGGGUGCAGCCAGGCUCUUCCUUGGGCUCCAGCCAAGAGGACAUGAGCUCUCAGCGAGGCAGAUCGAGGUCCCUGCCCAGGGCCAGCUCCACCCCCGAGCUGGAGUCGGACAGCUCUUCUCUGGGCUCGGGUGGCAGCAGCGAGAGGGACACGAGGCUGGGCUGGAAGCCUGACCUGUCCCGCUCCCUACCCGAGGUGGAGCAGGACAGGAACUCUGCCCUGCCCAAGCCCAGCAGCAAGUCCCCAUGCCUCUCCCUGCAGGACAGGAACGAUUCUGGCUUCAUGGAGUCCUCUGCAGCAGAUCUGAGCACAUCCCUCCCCACCCCAGAGCUGGCCACAAGCAUGCCCAAGGUGCCAGUGCGUCCCUCGGCACAGGAGAUCCUGCAGAAGUGCAGCACGGUGACCAAACGUGCUGUGCAACAGGGUGUCCCUCGCCCUGCCCUGCAGGCUCUGCUCCCACCCCACAGUUCCGACUAG